AUGUCCCGCAGGAAGCAGAGCAACCCGCGCCAGUUCAGACGCUCCAUCCACCGGAGCGCAGCAGGACAUGAGGGUGAAAAUCAGGACGAGCAGAAGGAAGUCGGAAAAGUAGAAGACAGACAUCAGCGCGGCUCAGAGGAAUUGGACAGUUCGAACGACAUCUUCCCAUGUAGGAUGUGUGGGAUCUGGUUCAGGAGUGAGAAGAACCUCCAGGUUCACCUUCUGUACUACUGCAGUGGACUGCCGACCAACAGGGACCUUCAAACGUCCAGCGGCUCUGCUUACCCAGAAUGCAAUACCAGUUUGUUGGGUCCACGGGGUCUGGAGAUGUACCUGUCCAUGAACUCAGCCUUCAGGGUUGAGGAACCGUCUUCUGGAAGUGGCUUGAAAUGCACGAUUUGCGACUACACCGCUGACACGCUGCUGGUCCUGCAGCCCCACCUCCUAUCUCACCUGGUCCCCCAUGGUCCCCGGAAUCUGUCCAAGCAUCAGAAACUGCACAGGCACGGCGGUCCAGGCACCAAGGUUCACAUUAAAGAGAAUGAACUGGAGCUCUCAAAAAGCUCGGGAACAGGGAGUCUGAAGCAGGAUCGAGAGGAUUCGGACAUCCUGGACAGUCCAGUCUGUCACGCAGUAGUACAAGAAGACGGCGGACGAGAGGAGCGGACGGUCAAAGGUGAAGCGAAUUCUGAAAACCAGAGAGUGAAGUCGGAGCCUUCAAGCCCUCACGUGGCUUCUUCGCCAAUCCCAGAUCAGACGGCUUCACCAUUUCAAAUGCCACCUUCGAUACCUCAGGGCAUAAACAUGGUCCCACAGGCUUCAGAGGUACUGGCUAAAAUGUCAAAGCUGGUCCAUCGAAGGUUGCGUAACGGAGGGAACGGUUUCCCACCCCUGAUAUUCGUAUCGAAGGGAGCGUCAUGCUUCGAAUGCAACGUAACGUUCAGCAACGAUGAUAAUUAUCUGGUGCACAAGAAGCACUACUGUAACGGUCCCUGGCAGCACGUGGACGAGUCUGCAGGCUUGAGAAGUGGCUUAAAUGCUGGCAUUCCUAAUCUCACCCCCUUCACGACAUCUCCAGUUGACCCUUUCAAAGCAUCUGCAAAAAAACCUAAAGGAUUCCCAGCGCUGGUUAAAAAGCUAGUCGACUCGCCUGGUGUGGAAGAAAGACCAAAAUACAUGACGGUAGAAUCUAAGAUGUCGUCAGAAACCUCGGAGAAUGAAGCCGACCCGAGCCAGACGACAUGCCAGGCAUGCAAGAUUACGUUCGGUCGACAGGAGAACUACGUGGUGCAUAAGCGGUAUUACUGCGCCAGCAGGCACGAUCCUCCGCCAAAACGAGCAACCACCAGAACCUCCGGGAUCCAGAAGCCUGGUCAAGCCCGGAAGCGAAGGAAGAUGGGAAGUCCGGAUCCGACCGCCCAGUCUGUCGCUCCGAAUUCACUGGAGAGCCUCAAGUACCCGUUCUGUCAGCAAUACAACACCAUCCAUGGUUUGGUCUCCAAGCAUCGUGAAACCUCCUUAAUGGUCCUGGCGUCAAGAAAGAGCAAGACAGAGCAGGAGGACGUCGACGCACCCAUGGAUCUGAGUAAAAAGUGCUCCAUGCAGUCAGGAAACCUCAUGGACUAUCACAAAUGUUCCGUGUGCAAAAUAAGCUUCUAUAAAGUUGAGGAUUAUCUGAGCCACAAGCUGAACUUCUGCCCUUUGGACCAUAAAGCACGAGGCACCACAAUAGAAGGUUCUGGAAAUGUAAAAAACACGGAUAUUCACAGUGCCGAUAUUGGAACAUCUACUGAUGAACAACCAUUCCUGAGGGACGACGGUCACCCCUGGAAAAAAAUAAGACCGGACGACCAAAUCUGGCCGUACUACGAGAUCAGUCCUGCCGACCACGCCUCAGAGGUUUCCGUUAUGCAAAGCCCAAAGGAAGCAAGCGAGGGUGAAAAUGACCAGCCAAUGCCCAACCUGAAAGUGGAUGACAAGCAAGAGCAAGGAAGUUCUCCUCCCAACAUAAACCUGUCGAGUCUUACUCCAGAUCUUAGGAGGAGCACCUGUUCAUCACCAACCUCCAAAACAGAGGAGAUUCCAGGUUCAAAGAGAAGCACAAGCGUAUCGAACUUCAGCUACUGCAGCCGUGCGACAGUUCAGUGA